AAAAUGAAUAUAUUCAGGCCUUUACCUAUUUUAAAAAAGAAGCCUAUAAAUUGGCAAAUCGGUAAAUAAACGAUAACGUAAAAUUAAAAUAUGCCAUAAUUAGAAAUUGAUUGAUGUUGGAAGUACUCAUUUUUAAUCAGUCUAUGAAUAAUUUUUUAUUUAAUUGUUAAUUAAUAGCCAGAUCUCAAAUUACUCAAAGUAUUUGUUUAUUAAUGUUAUUAAGAUAUUUAUCACUCAUUCUAUAAUUCCGUACUCCUGUAGUUAUUCUAUUCUGAUACAAAAUUGGUUUAUAGAAGAAAAAUGAAAAAAAAAAAACUAUAAAUGAUUGUAUUUUUAUACUUUAAUUAAUUAGACUUACAAAUAAUUGAGGAAUAGGAUAUUAGUAAACAUUGUUAGUGAAUUUCAUUUCCUUAAAGAAAGGAAUAAAUUAUCGUUUAUUUAAAUUGUUAUCAUACAUUUGCAUAAAGUUUAAACAUGUUAAAUUUAUCAUAAGUAAUUAUUAAGAUGUUCCAUGCCAUUCUCAUCAAAAAAUCUAACUUUAGCAAUAUUUUUGGCUGAAGGAUUAUUGAGGUAUUGGCCCUUUGCUAAUUCAGUUAAGGAAGCCAUAUUUUUUUACCAUGGAUUUCUACAUUGGAACCAUUUAUCUAAAAACUAUUUUAACUAUUAAUUUAGUAUAUAGUAGAAACUAAUUAACAAGUGGCUAAUAGAGUUAUGUGUUUCUUUGAGAAUGAUUAUUUCUAAAUCCUACUUAAGAGUUGUAAAAUAUUCACAUUCCCUUUUUAGUUCUUUAAAUAGUUUAAUCGCAAUACAGACUGUCAUAAGUUUCUUUGAGAUUGAUUACAAAGCUUUUGUUAAAGAGUUUAAUAAUAACGAUCCAAAGUUCUUAUACACCAUUCAGGACCCUAAAAUAACAAAGAGACCAAUCAAAUUUGAAGAAGUGGUAAAAAUAAUCUAAUAAUCAAUCCUAAAAACAAACUUAAAAAUGAAACAAGUAUUCCUUAUUCAGAAACUCGCUUUUUCUUAGAACACAAUGGUCUUAAUAAUGGUAAUAACUCCUUAUUUUGAUCAUAAUAUAAAUAAUAAAAAUAUUUAAAUAAACUUUAAAAAACAGUGGUUUGGUGUUAGAAUUGGAGAGAUAUUUUAAGAUAAAUAUAUACUAACAUAAAAAGUGGCUUUGUUUUUUCUUUCUUAAAUCCAUGGUGGUCAAAUUCGAACAUGA